AUGGAGACUGCCAACGAGAACACUGGUAUCGCGAAGCGCUCGGGCAUCAAACCGCCGUCUACCUUCUCCCACAUCACCUCGCCGCCUCCUAAAGCCCUGGGCGAAUUGCACGAAGCCGGCGCGAACGCACGUAGUGGAAUGCCGAUACCCACGGCGAAACACAAGCCCUCCGGCUGUAAACUGCCCCUCUUCAUACCAGUCGCACCGGACAGGUCGCUAACUCUCCCAGUACCCGAGCCUGCAUUCAAGCAACGGAAGACGCUUGCAGAGCAAGCCGGCGAGCCGAUUUCUCGAAGAAUACCCCCGCCGCCCAAGACGUCGAAUGGCAUCAAAGGUACCCUGGCACGUGGACUCGCAGCAUCCACGUCGCGCGCUACUUCGAAACCGACAGCGAGACACCCUGCCGCCUCCACGCUCAGUGGCAGUGUUGGUGGAGCUCCCAAGACUACCGGGGCUGCGAGGCCAAAGUCAGCCUACGGUCACGGAAGCCAUGUUCGGAGCAAGUCCUACCAGCAAGGGCCGCGUCCGGCCACAGCAAUGCUGAGCAGAGAUGACGACGACGACAGUGAGCAAGCAGAGCGCAAAGGUGUGCAACCAUUUCUUAUGUCUACGAACCCCUACCCCAGUGCAAGAGUGCCUGGUGGCAUGCUUCCUCAAUUGAAGAAGCGCACAGCCUCCCUCAGUGUAUCCGAACAGAGAAUCGCUCGUGUGUCAGGUCCGCGAGCAGUCUCAUCUCCUUCCCACUUCCGCCCCGUCACUCCGGUCAUCGAAGAACCCGCCGACACCGACUGCGACGACAUCUGCACUGCGGUUGGCGCGCUCACAUUGGGCGCGGCCAAGGCAGACGUGCGUGGCAGUCAGGUCGGAUGUGGUAUGACUUCUGACAACGGGACGAAUCCUUUCCUGAAGCCAAAGAUACCCCAGUCCCAUCUUCCCCAGCCUACACCUACGCCUGUUCGGCAGCAGCAGGUAGACCCGUCACCGUAUCGACCUCCAUCUACGCCGCGCAGAUCAGCACAAGCACCUUUUCUGAAUCGCUUCACUAACGAUCGCUGCCCAGACUUUUACAACGACCGCAUGGAGGCUAUGGAACGCGAUUUCCGCAUGUUCAAGGAGAAGAUGGAAACAGACGUGCGACAGGCUACUGACUACAAGGAGUCGAUCCAACAACUUCAAAGUCGCGUCACGGAACUCGAGGCCAUCCGCGCGCGCUUAGAAAUCGUCAACAAAGGCUUGGAGUCCGAGCUCGACGAUACCCGAAGUUGCUUCAAGUCAGUAAAGAUGGAACUCGAGAUGAUGCAACAGAAACACACAUACGAAGUCGACGAUGUACGGCGAAAACUACGCAACGAAGUCGAAGACUUGGAGUCGCAGCACCGGAAGGACACCGACCGAAUGCAGAGGGAACGAGAUGAGGCAGAAAGGAAGAUGCGCAGCGAAUUUGACGAACGGAUCGACAAGCUGCUGAAAGAACACAACGAGGAAUUAGCUGGCUUACGGAAGAAGCUGGACGCCGACACCGAGUCGGAGCGAAGCAGGCGCGCACAAGAAGCACAAAAGAUCGAGGAGGAGUAUGGUUCAAAACUCCGAGCGGCUGCUAUGGAAGCAGACACGAAACACCGCGAAGCGCAACUUGUCCAGGGCGAGCUCACCAACGUCAAAUCCGAACUCGAUCGUGAGAGGAUGCUCAAGAAUGGCCUCCAAGCACAACUUACAGAAUCGACUACUAACAACCUCACAUUGGAUGCGGCAAACAAGGCAAUGAUGGAGAAGAUUAAAUUCCUUGAGUCAGACAGCCAGCAGCAAGCAAACUCCUUCAACGAACUUCACAAGCGAAUGGACGAUGCCAUCGAGGCUGCGAAAAGAGCGGAGGACAAGCUUCGUCAAGAAGAAACACUACGACGGAAGCUUUUCAACCAAGUGCAGGAACUGAAGGGCAACAUCAGAGUUAUGUGUCGUGUGAGGCCAACCCAUGACACAGAACGCAACCCGGCGCAAAUCUCGUUUCCUGACACCGAUACCGACAGCAAAGAAGUGGCAGUUCUCGGUCCAAGCAAGCAAAGUGCGACUGGCAAGGAUAUCACCUCCGCCUAUGCCUACUCUUUCGAUCGUGUGUUUGGUCCAGCCUCGCAGAACAGCGAAGUUUUUGAGGAGAUCAGUCAGCUUGUGCAGAGCGCUCUUGAUGGCUACAACGUCUGCAUCUUCUGCUACGGUCAAACAGGAGCCGGAAAGACGUUCACCAUGUCAUCGGCUGACGGUAUGAUCCCUCGUGCAACCGCUCAGAUCUGGAACGAAGCGCAGCGAUUGCAAGAGAAGGGCUGGACAUACAACAUGGAAGGUUCUUUCCUAGAGGUCUACAACGAGACAUACAACGACUUGCUUGGCCGCUCAGAGGAUCUAGAUAAGAAGAAGGUAGAGGUGCGACACGAUGCGGCGAAAAAGCAAACUAUCCUUGAGAACGCAGUCAGUGUCAAGCUUGACGGUCCAAAGAGUGUUGAGGAGAUUUUGAUGACUGCCGACAAGAACAGGACGGUAGCAGCUACCAAGGCCAACAUGCGUUCCAGCCGAAGUCACUCUGUUUUCAUCCUGAAACUCGUCGGAACGAACGAGAUCACUGGUGAGAGGAGCGAAGGCACACUCAACUUGGUCGAUCUUGCCGGAUCUGAGCGACUUGAGCACUCCAAGGCUGAAGGUGCGCGUCUCAAGGAGACGCAAAAUAUCAACAAGAGUUUGAGCUGUUUGGGUGACGUUAUCAACGCUCUCGGGUCAAAGGAGGGUACACACGUACCGUACAGGAACUCCAAGCUCACAUACCUCCUCCAAUACUCGCUCGGCGGCAACUCGAAAACGCUCAUGUUCGUCAUGGUCAGCCCGCUACAAGCACAUCUCCAAGAGACGAUUACGAGUCUCAAAUUCGCAACGAAGGUACACAACACGCACAUCGGAACAGCAAAGAAGCAGACCAAGACAUCGUAG